CGGAUACGGAGUUGUCAUUUGGUUGGGCUCGCAUUUGGACAAGAUCGGCCAUAGCGUUGACGCGAGGCAUCACUGACCUCGUGACAUUCCGCGUGACCAAUCCGACGAGGAUCAGAAAUGAAGAAAAGUUUCAAUUUUCCGAGCGAAUGACAAGAUUUCACUACGCGCUCUGGCACGCUCGCGCACGCCGCUUCGGAUAAAGAAAGCGCUCCCUUAUCACGCAAAAUCGCUUGUUGGUGCUGAUUGUUAAGCGCGUCGUGUGUAAGUGUGCGUAAGUGUUAAAUUCUUAAGUCAUCUCAGAUGCAUGCGUACAUGAGAAGUCUAAGAGGGCGCGAGAAGAAAUUAGUUAAACAAUGUGAAUUUUUCGCCAGCCGCGUUCGCUCGCUUCAUCGAAGGCUGACAGUACGUUUUUUAACCGAGUCCUGGUGAAAAAUCUCCCGGACAGGUUAUGUGAAAUUUUAUGCAAGUGGAAUGUGGAUUGAUCUGAGUCACGGUCCGAGACGCGAACGUGCCGACCUUUUUUUGUGUGAUGUGUGUCCCGUUCUGUUUUAUGAGCAUCUUCGCUACUUGAAGGCCUAAAACGAUGGAACGGAAUGGUGCCAGGGAGAUGGAGGAGCGUAGAUGUAUCCGAGAUACUGGUAGGGCACUAAAAAAAUACGGGAGCACGGCUAAGCACAUGACACGGACUGAGAGCUUGGCGAAGCACACGGUUUGUCCUACGGACACUCUCCAAGGGAUUGCUCUGAAAUACGGAGUCACGACAGAACAAAUAAGAAGAAUUAAUAGAUUAUGGGCAUCAGAUAGUUUAUUUUUACGAGAACACUUGCUUAUUCCCGUUGGCGCGGACAGUCCUGCUUCUACAUGUAACGAUGAAUCGGCAGCUAGUGACGAACAUGAUAUAUCUCCAAAUAUAUCUAGUCCAUCUUCGAUAUCCUUGUCUAUUGACGACGAAAGUUCAGUUAAUGAUUUCUUAGCUAAAAUGGAUACCUCAAUAGCUAAUGUAAAGCGAGAAGUCAAACGUGCUCAAGGGAACAGUGAAUUCUGUACUGAUGAUAGCAAUGUGCAACGACGACGUGGAUCUGCUAAAUUACGAAAUUCAUUUUCUACCAUGUCAAAUAUCUAUUCGUCGUCUUCUGACUCUGUCAGACCUGCGUCCUCUAGUGAUAUGCAUAACUUUCCGACUGCUGUAGUUAUGACGCAAGGAAGAAAAGUGAAAACUUCCUUACAAAGACUUGAGCAGCAGCAAGACGAAAUGUUCCAGUUGUAGCGUUCAAGUUUUAUUGGGCUGUAAAACUCUAUCAACUUUGUUAUUAAAAAAAAAAAAAAAAACUUUCGUUGAACUGGAUAUUACUGAUGCAAAUAGGUUGUUUCUCGCGUCCGGUGUUAGUUGAUCCACGUGUGAAUUUCAUUAAAAUCGCAUCUAUGUUACCUUAUCGCCGUCGAAGUAUCGAUCGUAUCAUUAUAAUUGGUCUAACAUUUCAUUAUUACAUAAGUGCACCAUCGUUGUAACUUAACGAUCUUCUCUCAGAAUAAUAUUUUAAAGAAUGGAUCAACUAACUUUUAUACUGCUCGAACAUAGUGCUGAGCUGUUUUACAUAAUGUUGCUUAGUGGACCAUAUGUGCCUUGGAUACAAGUCUCUGCAUUAUGUAAGAGUUCUCUCUAUGCUCUGGUUUUUUCUGCCUUGUUAACCACUUCUCGUAAAAAUUAAUUGGUUUUUUAAGUUCUUUGUUUUUGUUUUUUGUUGUUGCUGAACCAAUUAAAAGCAACUUCUAGACAAAGUAAUUAUUGUAAAGUGGAAAAUAGAUAGUUUAAAAUUAUAUGUGAUGCAUUGUAAUGCAAAUGCAAUAUAAAACUAUUCUUAUGUGCAAGUUUUGAAGACACAUGUUACGUUAUAACCGGUGUUAUAACAAUGAUAUAUAAUUUUAUUUUAUUUUUUUUAAUUUUCUUAUAAAAGUUUGAUAUCUUUUGCACAGUGAUUACAGUUGAUUACAUUUACAUAAAACAUGAUACCGUUUUUAUUAUAAAUGCACGUAUGAAUGUUAUUGUUUACUAAAGAAAAAAGUGAAAAUAACAUAUAAAUAAAUAAUAGAGAAAAUUCAGCAGCUCACAUUAUUAAAAUAUUAAGUAUCAUAAAUCAGUUCGCUUACUAUUGUUAUGCAGAUUAUAAAUUUUUUACACAAGCAGUGGCGAAAAUUUAUUGAAACAUACUUUCAACAUUUAUUUUAAGUAAUUUA